AUGAUUGGAAGAGAUGAGAAAGAAGUCGAACUAUACCGCGGUGGAGCCUCGCAAUUUCUACCGUGCGUUCCAUCCGGCGGUGAGAUAACUGGCCCCACGCACUUAACAGUUGACAAGGCAACUGAGAGUCAACGUUUGUUGAAGAUAUCAGCCUGCGGCAGUCCAUUGUCGGAUGUGGUCUCUAUCAAUAUUUAUUCCGCCCAAUCUUCGGCAAUAGACAAGAAAUCGUUCGAAAAUCCC